CACAGGUAGAUUCAUCUAGUGAGGGAUCAGCCAGACCAAGACAUGGAUCCUGUUUUCAAGGCCUCGAUUUUAACAUCUACACUAGAGGGGUUCAAAAUGUUGACCCUGACAAUGGCAAAACGUCUCAGAAUGUUUGAGAUACUGGGAAAAUAUGUUUCCCCAAAAACUUCAAAAGAAAUUGCUGAAUCAGCAGGAUAUAGAGAGAACUAUGUUACUCAAUUGCUUGAUACCAUGGUGACAUUCAAGUACAUAAACUAUGAUGUACAAGACAAAACCUACUUUCUGCCCAUAGAACAUCGAGAAGUUUUGAACCAGGAGAGCUGGCCUCUAAAAUGGCUAGAAAUUGUGCCCUUAUUUUCCGCAGCUCAACCUGAACUUGAGAAGAUUUUCAAAGUGGAUGGUCCAACUGCGUUACCAGAAGCAAUGAAUGAUGCUAUGCAGCCAUGGUUGAAUGAACAUUGGGGAUUUGAUGAGCCUGGGGAAGACUAUGUUAAACAAUUGGUUGACAGCAUGCCAGAGUUGAAGAACAAGUUGGAGGCUGGAAUUCAAGUUUUGGAUGUAGGAUGUGGAUGGGGUGGACUAGGUGGUGCUUUUGCAAAACUCUACCCAAAAUCCACACUGUAUGGUAUCGACCUUGAAGGAAUCGAUAUUGCAAAGAAAAAUAAUGCCGAUAUAAAAAACGCCAUAUUUUCUGUUGCGGACUGCACUAAAUUGGAUCCCUCUUGGAGUGAUAAGUUUGAUUAUGUGUACAUCCGUAAUGUCUUACACUUUGUACCCCCAAAGUCUUUGGAUUCAUCCAUUCAAGAAAUCUACAGGGUGCUUAAACCAGGAGGUACAUUUUCUUUGAUCCAGUUUAAUCAUAAAGAGAUUGGACCCAAUAAAGGAGAUAUAUUUGUUUGUUGUGGUGGGGCUAUUGGAAUGUAUGCAUAUCAUGGAUCAGAGGAUGCCUGCCUAGGAGGAACAGAGGAAACCUCAAAAGAAGGGUCAAAAGAAGAGGAAUAUAAAAUGGAAGAUUUGUCAAGUGAUAUGCCUGAUAUGGCUCGUUCAGGCAAGUGUCCAUUGGUACAUGAAGAUCGUGUACUGAAAGCUGCAGAUUUUAAGAACCUACAGUUCAUUCCUAUAGCUUUUGAUCAGGAACACAUCCAUAUGACUUUCAGCAAGUUAUAAGAAAAGUUGGGACUUGGGUACAUGAUUUCUGAAUCUUGAUGCCCUAGUAGCACUUUAAGCAUGGACAUACAGAAACCUGUAAAUCUGAUCCAUGGUUUAAGCUGAAUAAUGACAUUGUGCCAUAGUAUAUAACAGUUUACAAUUUUUGAAUAUUUUUGUUUUAUAUAUGUACAUGUGUGAACGUAUACAGGGUAUGCAAUUAGUAAAUGUAUCUCACUACUGUAGGUGCUGUUUGUGUCCUUGUUAUACCCAUUUCAAGAUGAUACUAUUGUGAAUGUCAAAAUAUUUUACCAUAUUUGCCAUAUUUUACAACAUUUACAACACAAAUGUAUUCAGCAUGAUGUCCAUUGGAUUUAUAAUAUUUUGUAUACAAAUAUAAUAUUCUACUCUAUUGAUUUGUGGAGUUACCUUAGGUUCUUGUGUAUAAUACACAAGAUGGAAAUGUAUUACACAGCCUCUGUGUCUGUGCAACAAGAAUUGUCUGCCUUCUGGUAGCAGAUUUACAUAAGAUACUUUGUUGUCUCCAUUUAGACCCAUUUCUUGGACGAUUUUCUCCAUCAUCAUGAAGCACCAGUGUAGUAGUUUUAGUUCCUUUUUUGUUACAUAGACACCACUGAAGAUGCAUAAAACAGUGCAGCAUGUAACACAAACAAUGAAAUCAAACUGCUAAUAUAUGCGCUUCCUGUUGAUGCUGGAUAUACAUUUUUAAAACAAGAAACUAUGCACUAACUGCUAGGAUAAGUUGAUGGAGAAAAACAUAUGAGAAAUGGAACAAAAUAUCUUUCAUGAGUCUACCACUGCAAGCCAGGCCAUCUUGUUACACAUACACAUUUGCCAUGUAAUAUGUUAAGACCCAGUGAUGUCCAAGGGUUUAUCUAAAUUCUACAAUGAUGUUUUUUGAUGAAUCUAUUCUGAUUCAAAUCUGUGAUUUUGGAUGUAUAUUACUUUAUUUGCCAUAUAUUAUUUCAACUUGCUUGUAUAUCAUGCAUAUG